AUGGCAAUAGCCCAAAAGUUGGGGUGUUUAAUGAAAUUUACAGAAAGUCACGUGCCUUUUCACUUGCCCGUGGCUGAAGAAAAUGAGGAAGAGGGCCAAAAGAGAGAGAGGGCGGCAGAGCCCACGGCGUCAUCUUUGUCUCUCUUCGAUCUCCACAUGGAGUUCAGAGCUCGCGAUUACCUCGCCGAGGAAUCCGCCGCCGCUCUCCUGCGCUCGCCCGUCGCCGACCACCCCCUCGCUCAGCCGCCGCCUCCAUCGUCUCCUCAGGUGAGUAUUAUCCACAAUGAGAAGGUUGAAUUUGAUGAUCCUUUGAGAGUGAUUGCCAAGAAUGUAGCAGAAUCAGAUGGAUGGCAGUUUAAUAGCACAUCGAGAAAAAGACACUCUAAUGAAGCGGGUCUUUUCUCAUCUAAAGAGUGGACUGUUUUUAGCAGUUCAUUGGUGCAAAAGUUCUCCAGCAACAAUAAAAUACCUAUUUCAGCAGCGUUGGAUAUUGGCAUGAGACAUAGCAGAGAUUAUGGUAAGUCUUUAGCAGAUGUCCACAUAGAAGAACUUGAUGACCCUGAAAUGGUUUUAAAGGAGGAGAAAAAAGUUGUCACUAGGCAGGAAUAUGCUUCACGGUUACAAGAACUUAAAACUGAAAUACGCCAGUCUUGGAGGGCUGAUGAUCGUGUCAAAGCACUUAAAUUAUCCAUUAAGGUUACAAGGCUUCUAAUGGACACGUCUGUUUCUCACUUUUAUCCUACACUAUUCAUUCUGGUGAUAGAAGUGCUGGAUAUGCUUGGUGGCAUGGUGUGGGAAAGAAUUAUGAGGAAGGCUGAAUUUUCUGAUGAUGGGAUACGACUUUGCUCAUUGCCAGGUGAUAUAAUGGCAAGAAAGAGUUUUUAUGUUGUAAAGAGAGGUCGCCGUUGUGGUAUUUUUUAUAAUUGGGAGGAAUGCUUUUCUCAAGUUGAUAGAUUCCCAAAUGCUAUUUUUUAUAAUUGGGAGGAAUGCUUUUCUCAAGUUGAUAGAUUCCCAAAUGCAUCCUACAAAGGGUACGCAACGUAUGAAGAGGCUUUGAGUGAAUGGGAGAAGCACUUAAGCGUGCGUGAUUCAUCAUCCAGCUUAAGCCAUGUGCAGCCACAUGUUUGUGUUCAAGAACAAAUGAUUCCAGAGGGGCAUAACUUUCUUGAGGACAAGCCAUGUGCAGCCACAUCUUCAUCAAAAUCUUCAAAUGAUGAUAUAUUGAGUUUGGGAAUAACGGACUGCAGUUGCAAUAUUCUGAAAAUUAGACAGCUCUUUAUUGAAUUUAGCAGAGUAGAUAAUUCUGCAAAUUCAGAUAUUAUUUGCUUGAAUCUGUCUACAUUUCUGGUUGAUUAG